UCACUAGGAGAUCACUACUAAAAACGACAAAAUCACUACGUUGAUUUUAAAGGACUCGCAUCCAGGCCAUAACUGUUAAAAAAAACACCACGUUAACUGACAUUUGUCAAUUUUGGCAUUUUUGUCAUUGAGGGGCAUUUGAUUUGAGGGGAUGUCAAUCGAAUACUGAACCCAUGGAAAUCGAUAAUUACUAAUAAUAAUUGACUUAAAAUUUGGCUGAUAUUGAAAUAGUUAACCCACAACCAUGGGACUCAACGAGGAAUAUAUUGUUUAUUUAAUACUGCUAUUUUCAUGGGCAGAAUAUUUGUGGGAGUUAUAUUUGUCAUUGCGGCAGUUAAAAAUCUACAAGACAAACAACACUAUUCCUGAGGACUUGAAGGAGAUGUUAAAUGAAGAAUCGUUCAAGAAAGCUCGUCUGUAUGGUAUUGACAAGUCGCAGUUCAAGAUCGUAAAGGAAUUUUGUAGUAUAGUAUUAACAUCCGUAAUACUUUAUCGACGGUGGAUUGCUGUGGCAUGGUUUGAUUCUGAGAACAUUUCAAAAUCCCUGUAUGUGUCACCAGAUAGAGAAAUAUUUGUGACUUGUAUCUUUACGACUAUUGUGACUCUGUUUAAUUAUGUUGUAAUGUUGCCCUUUAAGAUUUAUGGCACAUUUGUACUUGAGCAAAAGCAUGGUUUUAAUAAGCAAACAGUAGGAUUCUUUAUUAAGGACCAGUUUAAAUCUUUAGUUCUGAGUCUCAUCAUUACCAUUCCAUUAGUAUCAAUGUCAAUUAAUAUUAUCAUGGUAGGAGGAGAUAUGUUUGUUGCUUAUCUUUGGUUGUUUACUACCGUGGUGUCCUUAUUACUAUUGAUGCUGUACCCUACUGUUAUUGCUCCUCUGUUUGACAAAUUUGUACCUCUGCCCGAGGGUUCUUUAAGGAAAGGCAUUGAGGAACUAGCAUCAAGGCUUAAGUUCCCGCUCUCACAAGUAUACAUAGUAGAGGGCUCUAAAAGGUCUGCACACAGCAAUGCAUAUUUUGGUGGACUUUUCGGUUCAAAAAGAAUUGUACUCUUUGAUACAUUGUUAGAAAAGUAUAAUGAAGAGAAAAAAACUUUGACCGGAUGUAAUGACAAUGAAAUUCUAGGAAUUCUAGCUCAUGAAUUGGGACACUGGAGUUGCAACCAUUUGACAAAGAACAUAGCUUUGACUGAACUUAAUUUGUUGUUAUUAUUUACUGCUUUUGGAUCACUUUUUAAGUAUUCCAUGUUGUAUACUGCUCUUGGAUUUCCAGCAGGCCAAAAGCCUAUCAUUAUUGGUUUAAUUGUGGUUUUACAAAUGAUUCUUGCCCCAUAUAAUUCAAUUUUAUCAUUCUUCUUAACAGCAUUAUCUAGAAAACAUGAAUUUGAGGCAGACAACUUUGCUGUAUCUUUGAAUUACCCCAGAGAACUCCGGUCUGCACUCAUAAAGCUUGGUAAAGACAAUCUGGACUACCCAAUCUAUGAUAAGCUAUACUCAGCAUGGUACCAUUCUCAUCCUACUUUGUUACAAAGAAUAGAAAAUAUUAAUAACCAACUAGUUGUGGAUAAGAAACAGAACUAAGUUAUUCCAAUAUGCAUUCUAGAAUGCAUUCGAUGACCGGUCUGGCCUAGUGGGUAGUGACCCUGCCUAUGAAGCUGAUGGUCCCGGGUUCAAAUCCUGGUAAGGGCAUUUAUUCAUGUGAUGAGCAUGGAUACUUGUUCCUGAGUCAUGGAUGUUUUCUAUGUAUUAGAGUAUUUAUAAAUAUUUAUAUAUUAUAUAUAUUGUUGUCUAAGUACCCUGAACACAAGCCUUAUUGAUCUUACUGUGCUUAGUCAAUUUGUGUAAUAAUAAUGUCCUAUAUUAAUUUUUUUAUUUAUUUAUUUACAACUAUAUGUGGCUUCCCAGCAGAGAAGGGUCCUUAUGCACAUGGACCAUAAGGACCCUUUAGGCAUGGAACAUGACAUAUUUUCAAUAAGUACAUUUUUGUAUACAUGUUAUUUAAUAAUGGUAGAACUAGUCCUUUCUAGGGGUGGCAUUGAUCAUAUUGGACCAAACAUAGUUUGCAUUUUUUUUUUGAAUCAUAGUAUAUUAAUAUAAAAAACAGGGCUAUUGUAUUUGGGCCAAGUGAAAUGCCAUAUUUACAAUAUAAUUAUGUUGUUCCAUAUACCUAAAACUAACCUUGGGGAGUUUGACACUUACUUUAUUAAGUAUCUUUUCAUAACAAGUUUAUUUUUUAUAGAAUACAACACAAACAUUAGGUUACUGCAUUUUUCGUGUAAGCUUCUAGGAUGGACUAGCUUUUACCUUAUGUAAAAAUGUUACCUACUGGCACGAAAAUUCAAUGACCCUUCUUGAUGCCAAACCCCAGGAGGUAGUUUUAUAAAAUGUGUGUAACUGUUUUCAACUCUUAUUUGCUAGAAAGACAUUCCUGCUUGUGUUAUAGGUUACAAAUGUUUGUAAAAUAGCCUCAGGUUCACACUUGGACAUGGUUCGGCGAAAAUUAUUCAAGAUAUGUGGCUUCCUCCACCACAGAAGGCUCCAAGUGCAUAAGGAUCCUUCUCUGAUAUAAAUAACUUUGGCCUGUACUAAAAUUGAACAUUGUGGGAGUUUGUUCCGCCAAUAGGGAAAGACUUAUGGUGGUCCCACACUUACUGUUAUUUAUAUAACAGCCAGGUAUAACCUUAUGGUUAAGGUAAUAAAACACUAUCAUGUUAUGCCGGACUCAAGAUGUUACUUAGCAGUAUAAAACAUCCAUUGCGGAACCGCCGUUAACCUUCGGGAAGAGAAGAACUCAACUAACUGUAUUUAUUAGUUUCCGACCAAAGUUUCGGUUUCGGCAUAAAAAUCAUGUUUCGGCCGGUUUGGUAUCGGCCAAAAAACUGCCGAAACUUUCAGCUGUGCCGAAACUUAAAGGCCGGGUUCUAUACAGGAUGGCCCAAAAAUACGGGUUAUUCCCACUAGUUACCAUUAACACCAAGUUGUUACCAGUGGUAACUAGUGUAACUACUGGGAAAAAAUAUCCAGUAGUUACCACUAAAAUUUUGGUAGUGUUCAAAACUAAUAAAAACAGUAUAAAUAGUAUUGUAUAAAUAUAGAGUACAUUAAAAUAUAAUUAUAAGUCCAUUAUUUAUAGUGUUUCAGUAAAUUGCCUUAAAAGUGAUUAAAAAUAAAAAUAAUAACAGUUUUACUGGUACAUGUGCAAAACUAAAAUAGUCAAGGAGAAAUUAACGUUUGGAUGAAAUUUAUCUGAUCAAUUGUUAUUGGAAUUAAUUAUACAAACUAUUUAAUCAAAACCCGACUAUGUUUGAUCAAAUGAUCACUUUAAGGUAGUUUACUGGAACACUAUUCGACAUAUCAUUAUUAUUUAUUGAACUACUCUAUAUUUAUACUAGAUAUGCUAUUUAUAAUGUUUUUAUUUGUGUUAAACUAAAACAAAAUUUUGGUGGAAACUACUGGGAUUACCACUAGUAAAACAUUUUUUUUUAAUGUGCAUUUUGUUGAUAACUUCAUCAAAGUUAUACGUUUUUGUAUCAAAGCCAAGGGAUUUUUUUUACAUGUCAUUAAAUAAAGAAGAAAGAACAAAAUAUCUCUUUAAAUCAUUUUAGGGUUCCGUAGUCAACUAGGAACCCUUAUAGUUUCGCCAUGUCCGUCUGUCUGUCUGUCCGAGGCUUUGCUCCGUGGUCGUUAGUGCUAGAAAGCUGAAAUGCGGCAUGGAUAUAUAAAUCAAUAAAGCCGACAAAGUCGUACAAUAAAAUCUAAAAAUUUAAUUUUUUUGAGAGUACCUCCCCUACACGUAAAGUGGGGGUGAUUUUUUUUUCCGCUUCAACCCUACAGUGUGGGGUAUCGUUGGAAAGGGAUUUCAAAACUAAUAGGGGUCUUCAACAAAUAUUUUUUGAUAAAGUGAAUAUAUUCGGAGAUAAUCGCUCCAAAAGAAAAAAAAUGUGUCCCCCCCUCUAACUUUUGAACCAUAGGUCCAAAAAAUAUGAAAAAAAUCGUGGAAGUAGAGCUUAAGAAAGACUUUAAAUGAAAACUAUAGCGGACAUGAUCAGUUUAGCUGUUUUUAGUUAUCGCAAAAAGUUUCCCCUUAAGAGUAAAAAAACUAAUUAGGUACUGAUUAUGCAAAUUUGCCUAUUUGUUUAACUCGCGUGAAAGGUACCGUUUCAUUCCUUGGUUAACAAUUUACUAUACUUUAAGCUCCAGUUUAGCUUAUUGUGACGGAAGAGUAACUACGGAACCCUACACUGAGCAUGGCCCGACAUGCUCUUGGCCGGUUUUUUUUGAACUUAUCUUUGGGCCAUUGAUUGAUUGACAAUGAGGAGUGAAUUUUAAUUCGUUUUCUUAAGUAGAAUAGGCAUGUUCCUACACGCUCUUGGCCGUUAUUUUACCACUUACAUAGAAUUAUGAUUCACCAUUAUUCAUAUCUCUAAAAAGUAAGGGCACAGCAAUUUUUUCUACGAUUUUAACAAGUCUACAAAAGUUUCGGGUGAUACUGAUGAGUCGAAACUGAAUUUUCACUUUCGGCAAAAAAGUCCGGAUUCGGUUGGACACUGGUAGAGUCAGUCCAAGCUAAGUUGGCAGCGAUUUUAAUAUAUUUAUCUGUUUGCUCUUGGCUGUGCGAAGUGCGCAAAGCGCACGCCGUGGUAAAGAUACCUAUGAAAUAUUGUGGGCUCAAACUUUCUUACUAUUUCACAUACGACAUACUAGUUAUGCCCGAGCUACGCUACUAUGACAAACUCAGUAGACGCCAGGCGGGCGACUGCACAGUAAAGCUGCGUCUGGACUAGCCGGGCACGAAUUCGAAUGAGUUCGAGGCUUGUCCUCUCGUAAGAGUUGUAAGUCGGUCCAACUACUAGGUAUAUUCGAUUUGAAGCUGGCCCGAAGCGGCUAAUCUUUUGUCUAUUGUUAACUAAAACCGCGCGUGCCUGCAAAAAAGGGUCGUAUAUUUCUAAUUGGCACCUGAGCGCGGGCUAGUCCAACACUCAAAAAACCAGUGUAGGUGUGCUCUCCGAUAACGCGCCUUUGUUACGCAUAUCGAGGACACUUUUUAGACUCGUUCGGUAGCGUUCAGCGGUAGCGUUCGACUCGCCGGCACUCAGUAACCGUAUAGGGACCACAUAACAAAUCACAAAUUAUUUUUCCAUUUGUUCAUUUUGAAUCUUAUUUAAAUUACCAUAGGAGUUGUAAUUAAAUAACCGGUUAAAGUGACCGGGCCCUUUUUUUGCAGGUGGCACGCGCCGUUUUAGUUAACAAUAGACAAAGGUUAAGCCGUUGGGGGCCAGCUACAAAUCUAACAACUAUACACGAAUUUGUGCUCCGCUCAUGCUCGGCGGCUCUAGCGUAAACGCAGCUAAAACUAAUUAGUACGCUCGUUAGAUUUAACAUUUUCAGUCAUUGGUGUAAAUGUAUAUCUUAGGUAUAGGUACAUUACUUUAAAUAAAUGUUGUAAUCCAAAGGAAA